UUGGUCUUUGGUCUUUAUCCAAAGUCUAGUCAGAGAAACCUGCAUUUCUCCAAACUACGUGCUUCCUGCAAAAUUAGAAAACUCACCAUUUCACUCUUUGUUUAGCUUGUAUUUCUCUUUCGUUUUAGCCUUACAACAUGGCAACAGAUAAUGAGUCUGAUGACAAUGAGAAUAGAGAGAAAUGGGCCUUGAUGUUUGCCGUCUAUGCCAUAAUCUCCUUGCAGUUUCUCCUUGCUGUUGCGGUUGGAUCAGUAGUUGUUUCGGUUUCCAGGAUUCCCCACUUUGUGCUCCACACGGCACCAGGCCUUUCCAUCUAUAUCAUCUCCAUAGUCCUUUGCUUGAUAAUUCAAUGUGUGCUUCUUGAUCUUCGAAAACGUUGGCCCUGCAACUGUAUUCUUUUUAUAUUAUGGACCAUUUUAUUUGCCUCUGCUGUGGGACUCUCCUGUUCCUACUCAAAAGGGGGAGGAAAAACUGUUUUAGAGACCAUAAUUCUGAUAAGUGUUGUAGCUGUGGUCCUAACACUUCACUCUUUAUAUUCAAUGCUCAGAGAGCGUGAUUUCAGCUCAGGUGAACUCGUUUUGAUCAGUUUCUUCCUGGUGGCUUGUGUUUACAUUCCCAUUCAGGUCUUUCACCCUUUUGCAAAGCUAUCAACAUCAAUAUUUGCUUGCCUUUUUGCACUUUCUUUCGCCGGUCGUAUGUACAUUGCUGGAAAUCUCUUCAUCAAGCACAAAUUUUACGACCCCAUUGGUGCUGCGGUCAUUGUUCAUCUCAUCUUUCUCAUGACCAAUCCUAAUCGAAAGGAACUCACCAGCAGUCGAGCAGGCCGGGUGCCUCUGAGGAACCCUUAACAUCAUCACAGAUUAUGCCUUAUGUGAACUUGUUAACUUUUCUUGCAGCUUCUCAAAAGUGUUAAAACCAAAUAAAAACUUGUUAACUUUUGCUUAUAUUGUUCUGUAUUAUAUUCUAUAUUGGAUUAGGUUGGAAGUA